AAACUUGUUUUUGUUUUGGGAAAUUAUACAACUAUAUAACAAAAUAGAAUGAUUUUUUCAUAUAGUUGAUAUUUGGGAAAUUAUAUUACAGUCCAAUAUAGAGCCAUUAUCUGAAAACUCUGAGCAGACAAUUUCACCUUUAUGCUGUAUGAAUCCUUAAUUACAUUUGCAAAAAGGAGUGCCACUUUUGGACAUUUUAGAUCGCACAUCCUCUGAAGCUUAUUUUGGAUAACGGUAGCGUUCCAAGUUUUAAAUGAUCAAUACAGUUUCCCUCCAUUUGACCAGAAGUGAUGGUUUGGCAUACAAUGUUUUCAUCUUUUAUUCUUCACAAUUCUAACUCAAGGUUGAAGUCCACCAAUUCCUUUAAAUUAGAACUCAAUAACAAAAUUCGAAUGCAUUUUUCUUAAGUGCAAUUUGCAGGAUUUUUACAGGCAAUCCCUAAUUUUUAGAAGCUGUGUGCAGGGUAACGUUUCCAAGUUGGUACAUGUAAAGGAAAAAGCAAAUGCCAGUUGAGGAAAUCCUGUUCCAGGUUUUCGGGCGGCCCGUGUGAUUGACACAUGAUAUCACUGGAGGCGUGUCCUGCAGUGGAGGUGGAGGUGGUGGCAGGAGCUGAAAUGCUGCGGAACUGGAGUGGGAUCGCUCUGGAAGGCACGAAGUGGUUUGCAGUGAUAGCGGCAGACAGAGCCCCAUGCCCUGGAUAAGGAGCAGCUGCAGUGGCUGUAUAUGUGCCUGAAACGCAGUUUCCAAUCUUUGCAUUAGGAUUUCAGAUGCAUGCCAGGUUUCCACUGAUUGCCAGAAUCCACGAUCACUACACAUGGAUCCCCAAAAUCAACAUGGCAGUGGCAGUUCACUAGUUGUGCUCCAGCAGCCUUCUCUGGAUGGCCGUCAGCGAUUAGACUAUGAGAGAGAGAUUCAGCCUGCUACUAUUUUGUCUUUAGACCAGAUUAAGGCCAUCAGAGGCAGCAAUGAGUACACAGAAGGGCCUUCGGUGGUAAAAAGACCUGCUCCACGGACAGCACCAAGACAAGAAAAGCAUGAACGAACUCAUGAAAUCAUUCCAAUCAAUGUGAAUAACAACUAUGAGCAGAGACCUACAAGCCACGUGGGACACGUGGGACUCCCAAGUAAUGCCAGGGGCCCCAUUUUAAGCAGAUCCACCAGCACUGGAAGUGCAGCCAGUUCUGGGAGCAACAGCAGUGCCUCUUCUGAGCAGGGGCUGUUAGGAAGGUCACCACCAACCAGACCAGUUCCUGGUUAUAGGUCUGAAAGGGCGAUCCGGACCCAGCCCAAACAACUGCUUGUGGAUGACCUGAAGGGUUCCUUGAAAGAGGACCUGACACAGCACAAGUUCAUUUGUGAACAGUGUGGGAAGUGCAAGUGUGGGGAAUGCACAGCUCCCAGGACCCUGCCCUCCUGCUUGGCCUGCAACCGACAAUGCCUGUGCUCUGCUGAGAGCAUGGUGGAGUAUGGGACCUGCAUGUGCUUGGUCAAGGGCAUCUUCUACCACUGUUCCAAUGAUGAUGAGGGGGACUCCUACUCGGAUAACCCUUGCUCCUGUUCACAGUCACACUGCUGCUCUAGAUACCUGUGUAUGGGAGCCAUGUCUCUGUGUUUACCAUGCUUGCUCUGUUAUCCUCCUGCCAAGGGCUGCCUGAAGCUGUGCAGAGGCUGUUAUGACUGGAUUCAUCGCCCAGGGUGCAGGUGUAAGAACUCCAACACCGUCUAUUGCAAGCUGGAGAGCUGCCCUUCCCGGGGUCAGGGGAAGCCAUCCUGAUCUUCGGAGAUGGGCUGGGCCUCCAGAAGGUGGAGCAUUGCAGUGGUGGCUGUUAGAGAAUAUGCUGUUAGAGAUGGAUUUUCUUUUCCUUAGAGGUUUUCCCCAUAUCCUGCCUCUUCUUCCCCUUCCCAAGGUUUGACUUCUGGAUGCUACACCUCUCUUCUGGAUGAUCUUCAGUGAGCAGAGGAUGAAACUGCACCUGGCUCCCACUUGUGACAAGAGCCUUUGCCAUCCAUUUGAGAGAGUUUUGAGAGCCAGUGGGCUUUUGUGUGGCCUUUUUGUUCUGCAGGCGACUUUCCAAAGCUGUAUACAUGAACAUAAGACACCCACUCAGACGGGAGGAUUUAGAGCUGUUUGUGAUUGGGUACUGUGGGAGCAGGGAAAUUGGUUUUCAAAGAAGCAACCGUUUAAUUGCUUAAAUAAGCUAUGUAUGAAAUCUGUCUUCAAUUACAGCCGUCUUCCUAGCAUUGGACCGGUAAAUAGAAUGGAAGGAUGUGUUUUUGUUAUAACAUAAAAAUUUUCCUUUAACCACUGCCCUUGUUUUUUUGUCCCUCAGAGUUCUCUCCUCAGUUCUGGCAUUGCCUUCCUGAGAUGCCAGCUGUUGCCCCUUCCCCUUUCCUCCUGUGUAAUUUUAGAUCUCACUUUACAAUGUAAGUCUUCACAUUGGAGAUAUAUUGUUUGUAACCUGUUCAUUCCUAUUCUAGCUUUCAUAUUCGUGAAGGACUCAGCUACCUUCCUUCUAUACCCCACGCUCUGUCACCGAAUUUUUGUUGUCAUUGAGGGCACUUGGAUAGCUGAAGUUGAAAUUUACAGCUGAUCAAUCUGUAGGUGUCACAGAACUAUGCUGCCUAAAGUGAUCUGGGCUCCUUAAUGGUCCUUUUGGCCCUUUGGUUAGCUCACAGCUGAGUAAUCCUAAUCUUUUCUGUGUUUUCAUUGCCUUAAACCACAAAUUGUGGUGCUUUUUGUAUAUUUUAUGUAUAAAUCACAAAAUUGAAUUCUGACUAUUUUUAAGACAAAAGUCUGUUAAACUUUUUUAUUGUAAAGAAUAUUUAUUAUGCGAAUCUCUAUUAUUUUAUGAUAUUUAUUGCAAAAGACUGUUGAAAUGUACUCAUGUCUGAAUAUAACAAAAUAUCAAUACUUAACAGAAAAUAAGGUGACACGAAGAAAGUACGUAUGUUAACUAUAAUGCAGAAAAUAUAUUAAUUAAUGAAACUGUC